GCUUUACCGUUAUCGGAGUUGCCGUUUCAUUUUAUCGCCAAAUUUGUUGCCUGUCAUCCCGUCAUUGGCCAUGGACUAUCUUGCUUCGUGCUUCUACUGUACUGGUACAACUGGAUCUCCAACAAUCUUUCCUUGCAUGCUUGUGAUCUGUGUAUUACUACGGUAGUAUUUGUUCCGACCAUCCAUCGGUAUGGCAACGUCCGUGUUGCUCCGCCCUCUACCUCUGGGAGAGUCUUACUACUCUCACUAUUCUCGGUAUCAGUAUGAUACCACGUCUGCCCCAUCGUACUCCGAUUCUUCUGCGGAGUCAGUGGCAACGGGCGUUUGGAAUUACAUGGCUGGAGUGGGGCUUUUCCUGGUGGUGUGGGUGCUGACGUUGAUGCUUCCCAAGGGGAUGCGAAAACAGUUUUUUGGAGCCAAUCCCCGUCGCUACGCUCGACGGAGAUAUCAAGCAUCGGAAUUCGGAGACAUGAGCACUACAUUUUCGGCCCUGAUGAUGGACAGUGUCGACGAAUCCAUCCUCCAAGAAGUAGAGAAACGACGACUUCAUGACAUGUCCACACUGGGACCGCCUUCUUCCACCAUGAGUUCCAAAUUGCAACAGCAACAACAACUACAGAGACCACAACAGCAAUCUUCCAGAGGCAGUACCGUUGCGGAUUCGGAAUCCGGUAUCGAAAGUAUUUAUUUGCGUCCCAUGGCACGAGGCACUGCCGCAAAACGAGGAAAAGCCGGUUCCACGACAACUGGUAGUACCACAACCAACAGCAUGUUUCGAGCGUCUCCGGGCCUCUUUGGAUCGUCUCUAGGACACCCUGCCAUUCCCCGUUUACCAUCCGCCAAAAUCCUCAAUGAAACCAUGCAACGACUCAAAACCAGAGGCAUUCGACUGGUUGCUCAUGGAGUCGCAUCCGAGUCCAAACGAGUCUGGAUCAAAUUCGAAGAAGAUACAACAUCGCUCUCCUGGCAAACCGAAUUCCCACGCAAAAUACCCAAUCAACUCGGAGAAGUAUCACUCGUCAUGAUGCGAGGAGCGCUACACAGAAUCGCUUUGCCAAAUAUUCUUUACGUCGAUGUCGGCAAAAAAACGAAUGCAUUCAUGAAAGAGGAAAACAAGGAUAUGCUCGAUACCGUAUGCUUUUCCUUGUUGACUCAAAAUGGAUCCCUCGAUUUGCAAGCAAAUUCCAGAUUGGAACGAGAUGCACUGGUUAUUUGCUUUAGUAUGAUCUUGGAUGAAGUGCAUUCACAGGAUUGGCGGUCCUUGUAUGCCGAAAGUCCCGAAACAUCGGCAGUGCAAUCCACUUGCACUGGUAGCGAUCUCAAUCAGGUGGAGUUCUAGAUAUACGGUACAUAUUGCAUGCACGGGAAGAAACGAGACGAGAUCAGCCCGGACCCUUUUGGACGGUUGGGGUAACGAACGAAAUCAAAGCGAGGAAAGACGAAUUGAAUCCACCAGCAACAAUUCUCUGCAUCUCCAGGUUAUUGGGAGGCUUGCAGUACCAGUUAGUGCUGAUCUGGGCCGUUCAACGAAGGCCCUUUUCCCGCUGUUCCGGAUUUCCCUCGUGAAUCGGCAAUCAAAUUCUUGGGGGUACAAAAUUCUGUCAACCAAACAAGCACAUGUUCGAGCGAACAAGAUUGAGGGAUAUUUCAUUUGGGUGGGAUAUGUAAUACGUACGGUAGUUAGCCAAGGUAGCCGCUCUGCCGACAAGUGGAUCUAGCAACGCAGUCACUACUCAUUCUAUACGAUAACGACAAAUACAUGUAUGAAGGUCGAAAAGUCAUCGAAAUUCAUGCGCUUGUGCCCCUCUAUGGACGAAUAAUGCUACGGUACCUUUCGCUGAUCACGGCCUCCAUUCACAGCAAGAAAAGAUGUAGUUUUGGUUAUUACCGUGCCUACGCAUUAGGAUGCGACAUUCUGUGCCCCAACUCACUUUCCCUUCGAAGGACAAAGGCUUGACUGUUUCACGUCAGGGAUGAGGAGGUCAGGUCCAAUCGGGAAGGUAGUUCACGAUCUUUUCAUGACAUCCGUCCACUGCACUUUUGCACCAGGCAUCAAUCUGGUUGAAGGUUUUUAAAGGAAAGAUCUGGUUGAUUGCUUGUUUCUCGUUGCUCUCUAGCUGGUCAUAGUGCAUCAAUCAGAUUGAGAACAGAGAGAAGAGAUUGCUUGUUUUUCCUUCGUUACGAAAGAAUCUUGCGUGUGUUGUUGGCCUGCUAUCUAGCUAGUAAGUCUACUACUAGCUAGAGGAGUGUUUUCCGAAGGCGGAGCUUUUGUGGGUUGGUUUGUGGCUCCCCCGAAGAUUCAAUCAACCAAUUCCACCAUUCUCACCGCUCCAAUCUUCUCCCGUCGCCCGGAAACAAUAAAAAUAAUCUAAAUAGGUCACAUAGAUACCGGUAGCAAAAAUAUUCUGUUUUGCCGGACGGUACAGGGUGGUACCGGUACCAGUACCAGUAGUACCUGGUAUCAGGUAAUACUCAGUUACUACCAGUUUCCAAACCAUACUAGCUAGUACCGCGC